ACCAGAGAGCUGACCGAGACGACCAGUAUGUCCGAGCCGGGAAAACCGAAGCUGACCUACUUCAACGGCCGAGGGCAGGCCGAGAGUGUCCGGCUGAUGUUGGCGGCAGCCGGGAUAGAGUUCGAUGAGAAAUACGUUGAAACGAAAGACGAGUUAGAAAAGCUUCGGGAAGGUGGAGACCUGUUGUUUCUCCAACUGCCUCUGCUGGAGAUAAACGGUGUAAAGUUGGUCCAGGUGGGAGCUAUCGUCCGCCAUAUUGCCAGACGGGCUGCUCUCUAUGGCAAGAACAACGUGGAGUCGGCUAAGUGUGACAUGUUGGCUGAAGGCGCGCGGGACUUUAACGAGAUUUUCAACGCCCUCCCCUUCGCACCGGACCGGUCGGCAGCAGAGGAUGAGAUACAGGACAACGUGCUGCCGAGAUGGCUGCCGAUAUUCGAGCAGGCCCUUGAUGACAACGGGACGGGUUUCCUGGUCGGCACGGGCAUGACGUUUGCUGAUGUGGCCUUGUUGGAACCGCUUCUCACCAUAUCGGAGUUGUAUCCCUACGCACUGGAGGAUUAUUCCAAGUUGGAGGACUUUCUAAGCUACAUGCGUGAAGUGCCCAACCUGGCCAAAUAUCUCAACUCCAGUCACCGCAAGCCGCCUGCAGACGACAAAUAUGUGGAACUAGUGCAGGGCAUCCUUUCGUAAGAUCCAAGGAAAACGCCUGUUUGUAACAAUGGGACCAGUUUCUUUCCAAAAUUCAACGUUAGUCUGCAGGGAUCUCCCCAUGAGUCUAAUGGCCACAUCUGUGAGUUAGAUUUUCAAAUCGUUAACGGUCGUUGCCAUUUGAAAGGGUCAAUGCCACUUGAAACGGUCGUUGCCAUUUGAAAGGGUCAAUGCCACUUGAAACGUUCGUUGCCAUUUGAAAGGGUCAAUGCCACUUGAAACGGUCGUUGCCAUUUGAAAGGGUCAAUGCUACUUGAAACGGUCGUUGUCAUUUGAAAGGGCCAAUGCUACUUGAAACGGUCGAUGCCAUUUGAAACUGUCGGUGCCGUUUGAAAUGGUCGAUUCCAUUUGAAAGUUCGUUGCCAUAUCGCUGACAGGUCGAUGUUAUAUUCUAGCGUAUCACAACUUUUGGGGGAUAACAAUUAGUGAAGAAGUAAAAAAAAAUUACAAUCACACGACAAUGUCUUGAAAAAUGGUUAAGAAAUUUGUGAGAAAAAGUUCACCAACAAGACAUCGGCCGUUUCAAAUGGUAUCGACCGUUUGCGAGACGAAAGCUUCCGGUGGUGCGCACGCUGUUCGAGGCGAGAAACGCACGGUCCUCCUCCGAGGGCGAAAUCUCCAGCAUUUUGUCUUUUUCAUAAAUCUUCUUUAAAAUUUGCAUUCUAAAGAAACAAUACAAAAUGUUCGUUAUAAGAUCCUUAUUUUGCUUCAAAAUCAAUGAGCUAGUCAGUGUUGGGAUUAUAAUACAAUAAGGAGAGCACCAAUUUUUUAUUUUGUAGGGGAGAUCCCUGCUCUGUUUUGUAUGAGAUGUGCUUCUAGUUUGCUACCCAGCCAAAAUGAAAUCGUGGAUAAUUUGUCAAGUCCUGUAUUCUGACGGUGAAUUCAGCAUAUGAGCUUUAAGUUAGAGACUUCGUUGGUCAAACUUGAGAAACACAUGAGACCGCUGAAACUGCAACACGUUGGCAAAGUCGCUACCGCCGUGCGAUUUGAUAGAGCAUUCAACGAAUUCCGUCGUUUAAAAAACGACUGUUUUUACGCUUUGUAUUUUGUUGUCUUUUACGCCAUACCAGUAAGUUCUCUAUAUCUGUAAGGUCUGAUAUCCUCAAUAUAAAUCAAUUGUAACACAAAUUCAAGAACGCAGCGACGCCGCCAACAUGCCUCAGUUUCUGUGAGAUACCAACUUUACUGCCUUUGCCAUGAUUUCGAAAACGCUAAUAUGUUGAUAUAUGUAACGUUAUCUAUACUGUUGCUGUAUUUAUAUUUAAUAUAUUACCCAUUUGUUUAGACCAUAGAAAAUACAUGUGCCACAGCGUGUUAACAUAUUUGGUUUAGUUUUUGAUUCAAUCGAACAUCUGGCAAUACGAAGUGACCAAUAUAUAUUUGAAAUAUAUGAGAUGUGAUUGUGGACAAUAGAGCCCCUGAAGUUCCAACUGCAAAUGUUUUUAACAGUUCGUAACUAAAUUAACACUCCGUGUAUGUUCGAAGACGAUGAAUGGGGAAAUAUUUAGGCGGUUGUAAUUUCAUAUGAGAUAUACACAGUAUGGAUUAUUCUCUCCCAACCCUUGUGCACCGUUCGCAGUCACAGAAAGAAAACGUUUUGGGUUUUCCGAUGAUUACCAACAAUACACGAAUGAGAUCGGAAACUCCCGAGGACACACGAAUGGAAACCAUACAUUCUGCUUUUCAAAUAUACUAUCACCCAUUUGUUCAUGCUUUAUCUUAAUGUUUUGUCUUCAUAUAAGGUCUGAAAUACAACUAAAUAGAAGAUUAUUAGAUAGUUAUAUUGGAAUCCAGUACGUGUAAAUUUGCUCUGUAUUUGGGUCUGAAUAAAUUGUCAUUGUGCCAGAA